CCCCCUGCACCACCGUGAGUUCACAACCAAGCAAUUCGCAUCAUCAGCCAAAUCUAUGCCAAGCCUACGCACCAGGAGGCGAAGAGACUGACAGAACCUGGCCUGCGCCCUCCCUGCCGCGGCCUGGGAAGCGAGUGCGGCCGCGACGUGGAGCAUCGCGCCCGCGGCGAGCGAGCAGCACUGGAGUGAUCCCUCCAAGGCCAGCGCCGGCGCGUGCUCGCCGUCGAGGCGCCCGUCCCGGAGGUACCUCACAACCGCCUCCGCCAUCACUGCUCCUCGCCGCCGCCGCCGCCGCCGCCGCGCUUAAACCCUAGCUUGCACAAGAGCCCGAGACGGCCGAACUCCCGGAAACCAGGGAGGAGUAGCACGGGGCCCAGCUGUCAGAGAGACACAGGAAACCCCUGGACCCUUACCCGUGUCGGAUUAGUCAAAGAGGAACGGGAACUCGUUUGACCCCGCCUCGAAAGCGCUACUCUUAAGACCUCCAGCUCCUCCGCUGCUCGUUCUCCUCGCUUGCGGUGGCGGCGGCCUUCGGGGGAAGAAGAGGAUAGGAAAAGGGAGAUGAACUGAUGAAGGCGUGCGCGAAGGCGGCGGGGGAGAGGCUCCCCCUGGUUCGUCCUCCCACCGGGCGGGCGCUGGCUCGGAGCUUUGUUAAGGUAAGCAGAUUACCCUCUCAAUGGAUAAAGUCUCAAGUAUCUUGCUCCAUUGGGGUGUCGGGAAAUGCAGCGCAUAGAAUAGAGGCCACAGCAGAAAAUAUUUUCCCAGCAACCAAAGAUCAUGUCACAAAAGCAACUGAUGCAAUUAACAGAGGAGAAGUGAUUGCAGUGCCCACUGAUACAAUAUACGGGUUUGCUUGCGAUGCCUGCUCUGCAGGAGCAGUUAAUCGCAUCUAUGAGAUCAAAGGGCGCAUACAAACACGCCCUCUGGCAAUCUGUGUUGCUGAUGUCUCAGACAUAUCACGAUUUGCUUUAGUAGAUCACUUGCCGCAUGGAUUGCUUCAUAGUCUACUUCCUGGGCCUGUCACUGUUGUUCUAAAACGAGGUGAAGACAGUAUAUUAGAGAGAUCACUUAAUCCUGGCUUGGAUAGCAUUGGAGUUCGUGUGCCGGAUCUGGAUUUCAUACGAUCCAUUGCUCGUGGUGCUGGAAGUGCACUUGCACUUACUAGUGCCAACUUAAGCGGACGACCUAGUAGUGUCAGCAUCAGAGAUUUCGAGGAUUUAUGGCCGCAUUGUUCAUAUGUCUUUGAUGGUGGAAUACUUCCUUCUGGGCGUGCUGGUUCAACAAUUGUUGACCUAAUAACACCAGGAGUCUACAAGAUAUUGAGAGAUGGAAGUUCAAGGGAGGAAACAACACGGGUGCUUGGCAAGUUCGGCUUCGUUGAAGCUUCAUGACAACCCUAGUGCCUUCUACAAAGCUGAAAGAAUCAGAGAGUUCUCCUUUUUUAUCCUUCAUAACUCCUGUUUGAUUAGUUGAUGUAUGUACAUGUCGUCGUGUGUGAUUUUUUUACAUCAGCUUUUUCCUGUGAUCGAUGUUGAUUAGAAUAGCAGAGCUAAACCUUAUUUAAGGAGUGCAGAGUGUGAUGUGUUUUUAAUUUUGUUGGAAGUGGAGCAACUCAUCUGGGAACUCUGGAUGUGCUGUGCCCACGACACAAGUCGUGCAAGAAAAAUAUGAACUUCUUUUUUGUCACUGCUUCA